CUGGACAUCAAGGUCUCUCACCCCAUCAGGCCCAAGGCUCCGUCUGCAACCAGUAUUCCUGCCAUUCUCAAGGCACUACAGGAUGAGUGGGAUGCAGUGAUGCUGCACAGCUUCACUCUCAGACAGCAGCUGCAGACGACUCGUCAGGAGCUGUCUCACGCCCUGUAUCAGCAUGAUGCCGCCUGCCGUGUCAUUGCCCGGCUCACCAAGGAGGUCACCGCUGCCAGAGAAGCCCUGGCGACGCUGAAGCCUCAGGCGGGAUUGGUGGUUCCACAGGCAGUGCCCGCCUCCCAGCCCACUGUCGCAGGAGGUGGGGAGCCCAUGGAAGUCAGCGAGCAAGUGGGAAUGACUCCGGAGAUCAUACAAAAGCUCCAAGACAAGGCCACUGUCCUGACCACCGAGAGAAAGAAGGUCAGUCUGCGAGGACACUCUGUCUUUCCGGAGGAGUCUUUGUGUUCAGCUGCAGUGGUGGCACAUGAAGACUUACCAUCUCUCCUUCUCCUGCAGGGCCUGCACAGCGCCAGCAUCCCUGGUAUCCUGGCCCUGGAUCUGUGCCCCACGGACACCAACAAAGUGCUCACAGGUGGCGCUGACAAGAAUGUGGUUGUGUUUGACAAGAAUGCUGAGCACAUCAUGGCUACACUGAAGGGACACACCAAGAAGGUCACCAGUGUCAUCUACCACCCGUCACAGGUCUUAUUGCCAUCUUGGCUUCCAGACUCCGGUGUUUUGGACUGGACCGGUCCGAACACUUCAUGCCUCACUUGACGUAAGCGAGCAGCACGUGGCGCAGUCUUGCUCACCGUACCUCUGUCCUCGCUUCUUCCUCAGUACUGGGCGUUCUCCGAUAUCCAGACCGGCCGAGUGCUGACCAAGGUGACCGACGAGGCUGCUGGCUGUGCCCUGACCUGCGCCCAGUUCCACCCUGACGGGCUGAUCUUCGGCACGGGCACGGCCGACUCCCAGAUCAAGAUCUGGGACCUGAAGGAGCGCACCAACGUGGCCAACUUCCCCGGCCACAGCGGCCCCGUGACGGCCAUCGCCUUCUCCGAGAACGGCUACUACCUGGCCACCGGCGCGCAGGACUGCUCCGUCAAGCUCUGGGAUCUGAGGAAGCUGAAGAACUUCAAGACCAUCACGCUGGACCACUCCUACGAGGUGAAGUCCUUGAUAUUUGACCAGAGCGGAACUUACUUGGCAGUAGGAGGGUCUGACAUCAGGGUCUAUAUCUGCAAGCAGUGGUCUGAAGUCCUCAACUUCACCGAGCACACAGGCCUGGUGACAGGAGUGGCCUUUGGGCAGCAUGCCCAGUUCCUAACCUCCUCUGGGAUGGACCGCAGCCUCAAGUUCUACAGCCUGUGAGAGAGCCCUGUGGCCAUGAGUAGAAAUGCCGAGGACAUGCUGUGAAGUACAUGAUGAUUGAAAAUGAUAAUGAUGUUAACUGUAUUACUGACCUGUCUGAUGCAGUAACAGGUUGUCUUUGUGUUUUUUAAAGGAAUUUUUUGUUAA